AUGGCGUUUAUCUUACUAAGUCUUACUGCUACUGCUACCUCUACUGCUACUACUACUUUGGUGCACUCACGCCGAAGGAAUGAUCUGAUUGAAAAAUAA